UUUUUAAUGCAGUAGUGUCAUUGGCUGAAGACUAAACAUGAGAAUAGCAGGUGCUGCAAAGUUGAUAGUAGUCGUAGCAAUAUUUUUAUUGACAUUUUAUGUCAUAUCUCAAGUGUUUGAAAUAAAAAUGGAGACAAACUUAGGACACAUAUUUGCUAGAUCAGCACUGGAUGCAGCUGCACGCUCUACAAAACCUCCAAGAUACAAAUGUGGGAUCUCUAAAGCUUGUCCUGAAAAGCAUUUUGCAUUCAAAAUGGCAAGUGGAGCAGCGAACGUAGUUGGACCUAAAAUUUGUGUAGAAGAUAACGUUUUAAUGAGUGCAGUGAAAAAUAAUGUUGGCAGAGGAAUAAAUGUGGCCUUGGUCAAUGGUAAAACAGGAGAACCGUUAGACACUAAGUUCUUUGACAUGUGGGGAGGAGAUGUGGCACCAUUUAUUGAAUUUCUGAAGUCCAUCCAGGAUGGAACGAUAGUAUUAAUGGGAACAUAUGAUGAUGGUGCAACCAAGCUUAAUGACGAAGCACGGAAACUGAUUGCUGAAUUAGGAAGCACAUCUAUUGCUAACCUUGGCUUUAGAGACAACUGGGUCUUCUGCGGUGGAAAAGGAAUUAAGACUAAAAGUCCAUUUGAACAG